AUGGAGAUUGGAGAUUUCGGACCUGUCGGGAUCAACAAUUACAGCAACUGGUUCAUCGCCUCGAGUACUUGGCACCAGAUCAGACAGCGUAAGGAAAAUCUGCAAUGGAGUAAGCUUGUGUGGUUCUCGCAAGGAGUUCCCCGCUACGCUUUCAUUACCUGGCUAGCUUUCCGUGACAGACUGGCUACAGGCCAUCGAACUAGUAGAUGGGGCCAACCACAAUGUUGCUUGUUUUGUGGUGAACCGGAUGAGACCAGGGAGCAUUUGUUUUUCGCAUGUCCUUAUACCUACACGUUGUGGCUGAAAGUUAUGGGUAAUUUGUUUGGAGAUGAGCCAGACCUGGACUGGGAUAUCACAGUUUCGAGCUUGCUCACACGGAGGUAUGAUCGCAUCACUUUCAUCUUGUUGCGACUGGUUCUGUAA